AUGUCGGCCUCUGAACUCCAAGUUGCUACUGGUCCUUUACCUGCUGCAGCUGCACCAGCUCAACUCAUGCCUUCAGUGUACUCUGGAUUUGCCAAGCUUGCAGAGCACAUCCCCUGUUUUGAUGGCAAAGUGGAGGCAUAUCCGCUCAGCAUAUGGGUAAAGAGUGUGGAGAGGAUAUUUGCACAGUUAGGUGUGACCCACCCAGAACACAAGGCAGAUCUCACAUGCAUGUGUCUCUCAGAGACAGUUGCUGCUGAGUGGGAAAAUUAUCUUGAUAGUCUGGAUGCAUCUGGCCCUGCCACUUUUGAUGAUCUCAGGUCUUAUUUGGAGAUCACAUUUGAGACCAUCAGCAGCAGCUUCCACGGCCUGCAGAAGCUCAACCAGCUGCGAUUCAUGGCUGAUGCUGACCUCCUGGCUUUCCACCAGGAGUUUGACCACCUCAUAUGCUGUGAAAAGAUGGAUAAUCCACAAAAUGCCCUCGACUGGUAUCGUUUUUGCCUACCAAAGGAGUUUAAUAAGGACCUUUUCUCCAAGGACAUUGACAGUCUCACUGCUGCUAAAGCCACAGUUCAGCAGGCUUGGAGCACUCGCAAGAUGCUGAGGGAGGAAGGGGUUAGAAAACCCUCAACAAAGACCACUCCUAAGGCUGCAACUGCUCAUGACCCCAUGGCAAUGGAAGUCGAUGCUAUCAAUAUCUGCGGCAGCUCAGGAAAAAGGGGCUGA